GGACGUUAUGCAGAAGCAGCCGUCCCUCUGUGGAACUGGUCCGAUCCGUCGUGGACUUCUGUAGGACGAAGCUGCAGCUCAUCUGAGGCUGCUGAUGUUCAGCAAUGAAGCUGAAGUCAGAGUUCAGCAAAAUCCAGCUUUGUUUCCUGUUUCUGCUGCGUUCUGCUUUUGUAAUAAAACGUUUUGGUUCAGCUGGUUUCCUGGAACAGAUGGAGUCAUUUCAGCAGCAGAACCUGAAUUUCUCUGGACCAGGUGCUGCAUCGGUUCCCUGAGCAGGACCCUCUGCCCUCAGCUUCCUGGGGACGAACUCACUGCCAUCAGCAUGGAAACUGACUGAUUUCAAUUCUGUUUUUAAAUCUGGGUGAAUUGUUAUCGUCCAGUCACUGAGUGAAGCUGUGGAGAACAGAAACAGGAAAAUAGAUCAUCUCAGUUUUUCUCUCUGUGAAAUUGUUGCAUUUUUUAUUUUGACUUGAACAUAGCUUUUUAUUAAUAACCAGCCUAUAGUUGUUUUUUCUUUCUCCACUGCUGCGGUUUAAUGUCUUAGUUUUAUAUUAUUUACCCAGCCCCAAGUUAAAGGUCUGUAAUAUUUUGUCUUCUUGCUUCAUCUUCUCUGAUGCACAGAUUUCCUCAAUAUAAAGUAAAGGGUUUUGUUUUGUAUUAUCCUUAUUUUGAGAAUGAAAUCCCCCCUUUUAUUAUGAAGGGUCUAAAGCGGAAGUUGUCUCGAUAUGGCGGAAACGGGGCGAGUCCAGCUGUUUCCAUGAUUCUGGGUGAACAUUUCUAUGUGUAACACUUGUUGUAAACUCCUCGGUGUUGUCUAGGGAGUCGCUCCACGGUAGAACCGGUUCGUCCUGCAGGAGUCCAACCGAACCGCAGCGGAACCAACCCGGACAUUAACCUCGGUGGACCGGGUCACCAGGAUGCUGCAGAGGGUGGCGGUGGUGGGGGCGGGGGCAGCCGGACUCUGUGCGGCCCGGCAUGUUCUGGCCCGGCCCGGCUUCGCCCCCCCGGUGGUCUUUGAGCUCAGCGGGAAUGUGGGCGGAACCUGGUGCUACGAAGAGCGGGUCGGGUCGUACCCGAACGGGCGGCCGGUGCUGAGCAGCAUGUACCGAGACCUCAGAACCAACCUGCCUAAAGAGGUGAUGAUGUUCCCCGACUUCCCCUUCGAGCCGCAGCUGAGCAGCUUCCUGCCCCAUCAGGAGGUCCAGCGGUACCUGGAGCGGUACUGUGACAACUUCGGGAUCCGGCCUCACAUCCGGUUCAACUCGGCAGUGGAAAACAUAACGCCUGUUACCAUGACGACAGACAGUGAGGGGAGGAAGCUCACCUGGGAAGUGACAUCAGCGGAUUCAUCGGGCUGCCUGAGAACCGAGGCGUUCGACGCCGUGUUCAUCUGCUCAGGGCAUUACUCUGACCCUCACAUCCCGCAGAUCCCAGGGAUCCAGAACUUUAAAGGAAAGGUUCUGCACAGCCACUCCUACCGCUGCCCUGAGCCGUUCUCGGGUCAGACGGUGGUGGUUCUGGGAGCUAAAGCUUCUGGACUGGACAUUUCCAUAGAACUGGUCAAAACCGGAGCCAAGGUCAUCCUGUGUCACCGCUACGCUCCACUGGCCGUUCCUCUUCCUGCUGGGAUUCAGGAGUCCAGCUCUGUGGUGGCGGUGGACGAGGACGGCAGCAUUCGCCUUCAGGACGGCUCGCUGUGCCGGGCUGACGUCCUGAUGUUCUGCACCGGCUACAACUUCAGCUACCCCUUCCUGGACUCUGCCCGGCUGGGCCUGGAGAUCCAGGACCAUGUGGUGUCCCCCCUGUACCGCUACAUCCUGCCUCCUGCCUUUCCCUCGCUCUUCUUCAUCGGCAUCUGCAAGAUCAUCUGCCCCUUCCCCAAUUUCAACUGCCAGGUCCAGUUCGCCCUGGCCGUGUUGGACGGGUCCGUCACCCUGCCACCUCGGGAGCAGAUGGAGGAAGAGGUGCAGAGGGAGCAGCAGACCAAGCUGGGGCGCGGCGUCCAGCAGAACCACCUGCUGAAGAUGGACCAGGAUCAGUGGGAAUACUGCGACGCGCUGGCCGAUGCCGCCGGCUUCCCGCCGCUCCCGCCGGUGGUCCGGAGCCUGUAUGAGGAGGUGUGGCAGCAGAGACGGGUCCACCCCGAAAACUACAGAGGAUUGAACUACAGGCUGGUUAGCGCCACCCAGUGGGAGCGGAUCAACUGAGGACGGUUCAGGAAUAAAAACCGGGACAGAUCCACUCUGUAGGACGUUCCUCUGAGAAGGUCCAGCUUGUCCUCCUUAUGUUCUCCAUCAUGCCUUUUCUCAGUGUGGUCGUACUUUGGCUCCACCUACUGCUCAUAGAGAAGAACUACACCCUGAACUACCUCUUUUAAUUGAAUUAAUUAAUUCACUGCAUUUCUUCGUUGUCUCACGGUUUCCACCAUGUGCUGCACUUUAAAGGCUGAUUAUCUUCACAGAUAAAUAUUUUAGAUCUAACAUUAAUUUUUACAUCAUUAAAAAAUUAAAUUAUUUCCAUCCAUUUGUUCCCAGAGGCUUCAGCUUCUGAUCUAAAUGUUUACUCUGAUGUUCUGUUUAAUUUGAAUAAAGACUUUUGAUCAAGA